CUCACUGCAGUGUCACCGGUGGACUGUGGUGAUGGUGGGAUGGAGGAUAUAUAAACCAGCCGGGCGUGUUCACUGCCACAGGACUGAAGCGUUCGGACUUUGAUUCAAGAUGCCAAACUGGGGAGGAGGAGCCAAGUGUGCGGCCUGUGAGAAGUCGGUGUAUCAUGCAGAGGAGAUCCAGUGUAAUGGGAGGAGCUUCCAUAAAACCUGCUUCAUCUGCAUGAGCUGCAGAAAAGGGCUGGACAGCACCACGAUGGCAGCGCACGAGUCCGAGAUCUACUGCAAGUCCUGCUACGGCAAGAAAUAUGGGCCCAAAGGCUACGGAUACGGGCAGGGAGCCGGAGCUCUGAGCUCGGAUCCUCCCGGACAGAACGUGGACCUGCGGCCUCACGAGUAACAACAACUAUAUUAAUGCAGAUCACACAUGUGCAUUUCAACACGCUCAGAGGCUCUUUACAUGACACAAUACACACGUCACAAAAACACAGAACAAACAAAUAAGACGCACCAAGGGUCAGUUCAUCCAAAUCACCGAGGAACAAGGCA